AUGUUAACCUCAAUGAGGAAUCCAAGCGACUCAUUAGUGAACGCUGUCAGGAAGAAGUAUCAAGAGGAACGUUCAGAGGAAGUGAAAGUCACCUUAAUGUUUACAAUGACUGCAUUAGGCGGUGAAAGAUCUGUCAGUAAAGAACUGCGAGCAGCGAUAACUAAAUCAAUGCUAGAGAAAAUAGCGAAUAUCAACAAGGACAACUGUCAAGCUGAUGAUAGCGUAUUUGAUGUUCUAGAAGCCACUGGAAACCUCGCAGAUCCGGCGAUUAUAGAUCGUAUGAUAAAAAUAGGAAAAGAUUGCAUGAAUAAACCCGCUUUGGUAAUGGGAACAGUCCACGCCUUGGCAGAAAUUUGUUCAGAUCAACGUGUCGUUGACUACUACACGUUCUUGAUUGAAAAUGCAGUGUGUGACGUAAAACUGACAGUUAUUGGGAGCAUGAGGGAUAAAAUAAGUAGCGAUAUUGUCGAAGGACGGCAUGGGUCAUGGCCAAGAGAAACAUACAACAGUCUUGACUUGAGACUGAAGGAAAUAUAUAACGACAACAGCGGAGAUUUCCAUUGUAUACAUGAUGACAUUUUCAAAUAUUUUAGUGACAAACCCGGAAAAGAUGCCAAAGCAUUUUUGGCUACUAACAGCAAAUCGAAACGAGGUAUUCUCAACCAUUAUUCAUGCUCAGCAUGGGGACCGUAUGGCUCUCGAUAUACGAGUAUACAACCUGAAUCUUCCUUUUCAACAGAUAAUUCGAGGUACCCUGAUAACAGACACUGUUUAGCUCAUUUUAGACUCGGAAUCAGCAGUGCUAAUGCAAAUCUUUACGCAGGGGCUUUCGCUGGCAUCAACAGGAAGUAUUGUAACUGGAAGAUAUUUGCCCGAGUCUACGCAAAUGCAUAUGUCCUCGGGAAAAGCUUCUCGAUCGUGUCAGCCCACUUUUACCAGUACAAAUAUGGAACAUCGUUUAGGUUACGAGCUUACUUAAAGAUCGGAAGUAAGACUCAUGUUGAUUAUACGUACACAUAUAACGUGCCAUCCUACUCACAAACGUGGUCGAAAUAUUGGCAGUGGGAUAUAGACAUAUGGGGUAUCAAUAUGUACGUUGCUUCUUUAACUUUGAGGGUUACCAUAAAACCGGGUGUACACUUCACAGUGAAAAUCAGCCCCUGCUAUACGGGAUGUGCAGUUUGUGCAACAGUCACCCCCAAGGUUACUCUGCAAAUAUCUGGUGGUGCAUCUGCAUCUUUAGCGGCAGUCGUCAGGGGUGGUAUUGACGUUAAUGUAAAGCUGAACUAUCUGGUUGAAGGCGUUGGGAGAAUAGGUGUAUACUCGGGCGUCUGCGUUGGUCUUUACCACGGACACGAUCCGAUGAAUGUCUUCUUUUCUGCAUGGUAUCAGAUUCGCUAUAAAAUUAGAGUACGAUUCAGCUGGUGGCCG